GUAGUUAGUUGGCAGCAGUGGAAUUUGACAGGCGUCCAGCAUCAAGCGUUUUCGUGGUGUUUUGUUAGAUUGCCGGGAAAGGAGCCGAAAAAUGUCGAUACAAACGUACGGUGAUAAGCCAGUGAGUUUUCAGUUGGAGGAAAAUGGAGAGUAUUAUUAUGUGGGGUCCGAGGUUGGAAACUAUCUACGCCUGUUUCGCGGUACCCUUUACAAAAAGUUCCCUGGAAUGACGCGAAUUGUUCUCUCAAAUGAGGAAAGAAAGCGUCUAGUGGAAUCUGGAUUGAGCAACCAUAUAUUAGCCAGUUCGGUUUCUCUACUGAAAGCCAGUGAAGUAGACGAUAUAAUAGAAGGGAAUGACGAAAAGUACCGCGCAAUAUCGGUUAAUACAUCUGAGCCCCCUUUACCACGCGAGAGUAAAUCCAAGAAGCCAGCACCAUGGGUUCCAACCAUGCCAAACUCAAGUCAUUUGGAUGCUGUCCCCCAGGCGACUCCAAUCAAUCGGAAUCGAGUGCAUAAUAAGAAAGUUCGAACUUUCCCGAUGUGCUUCGAUGACACUGAUCCUACAGCGAAUUUGGAUAAUGCGGCGCAACCAGAAGUGCUGGUGCCUAUUCGUCUGGACAUGGAGCUCGAAGGGCAGAAACUGCGUGACACAUUCACAUGGAACAAAAAUGAGAGCAUGAUCAGCCCCGAACAAUUCGCCGAAGUACUGUGCGAUGAUCUCGACUUGAAUCCAAUACCAUUCGUACCUGCCAUUGCUCAGGCCAUCCGCCAUCAAAUCGAAGCAUUCCCGAAUGAGCCGCCAAUUCUCGAAGUUAGUUCCGACCAAAGGGUUGUAAUCAAGUUAAAUAUCCAUGUCGGCAACACAUCACUAGUAGACCAAGUCGAAUGGGAUAUGGCUGAGAAGUCUAAUAAUCCAGAAGAAUUCGCUAUGAAGCUUUGCGCAGAGUUGGGUUUGGGCGGAGAAUUUGUAACGGCGAUUUCCUAUUCAAUUCGUGGACAACUCUCAUGGCAUCAUCGGACGUAUGCAUUUAGCGAAACUCCUUUGUCAACUGUAGAGGUUCCAUUCCGUGCCCCAGGUGACGCCGACGCUUGGGCGCCGUUCUUGGAGACAUUGACUGACGCAGAAAUGGAGAAGAAGAUUCGUGAUCAAGACAGAAAUACAAGGCGAAUGCGUCGUUUGGCUAAUACUACAACUGGAUGUUUCAGCACUAUCAAACAGCUUCGUCAUUCGAAGGUGUUGCUGACGGCGGACUAGAUGUUUCAUCAGGUUUACUUUCCAGCGAAAAUGGGGGUAUUCGGCAAUCGAAAGUGUGCCCGUCCUCUCGUUCAAGUCGAAAUGUCCCCCUGAAUGAAAUAAGUUGUAAAUAUUUAGAUAGAAUAAAGUUCUUACAUUUCAUUUAAA